AGUAAUCGGAAACGAAACGGGUUUUCGUGAAGGGGUUUUAAGAAAUGCAGAGCUCCUCUCUUCGAUUCCACUUCCUCCGAGAAAACUAGUAUGGGGUUAGGGUUUUGCGUACAGGGGUAAAGGAUGCAGAGACUUAAGACCUCAGUUCCGCUUUCUCUGAGAAAACUAGGAUUAGGGUUUUGCACGUCUUCUUCUGAGAAGAUCUUAGCAUCUGUGCUCUUUGAAAGGCUCCCUGUCGUGAUUCCCAAGAUUGACCCUCUAGUCUACGCAUUUCAAGAGUUCGCGUUCCGGUGGCGCCAACAGUAUGGACGGCAAUAUCCUGAUGAGGUCUUAGGGAAAGCGGAUGCCAGGGGAAAAGGUGAUUAUCAAAUUGAUUAUCAACCGGCUCCACGGAUCACGGAAGCUGACAAGACUAAUGAUAGAAGGUCAUUACAGAGGGCACUUGAUAGAAGACUCUAUCUGCUCUUGUAUGGUACUGCAUUUGGUACAUCAAAUAAAAAUCCAGUUUGGCACUUUCCUGAGAAGGUUUAUGGGACUGAAGAAACAUUGCGCAAGUGUGCAGAAUCAGCUUUACAAUCUGUGAUUGGAGACCUUUCCAAUACAUACUUUGUUGGGAAUGCUCCUUUUGCUCAUAUGGCUAUACAGCCCUUUGAGUCAGAUUCUGAUCUUCCCACUUUCAAGAGAUUCUUCUUCAAGUCACAAGUGAUUGGCACCAGCAGGUUUGGUGUGAGGGAGUGUGAGGAUCACGUUUGGGUGACCAAAGACGAAUUGUUGGAAUACUUCCCAGACCAAGCUGCAUUCCUCAACAAGAUGAUCAUCAGCUGAUAAAAAAAGCAAUUUUGGUCCAAUUUUGUGUUGUAGAAAAAUGUUGAAAUAUUCUUAUUAAAAAAUCUUCAGUGAUCUGGGUCUCGGUUUGUGAUUACGUACGAGGAAGAACACUCUCUAUAUGUGGUCUCCGGGCUUGAUCAAGAAAGUAGAGAAUCUAGAAUCGUCUUUGAACUCGAAAGUGAAAUUUAGUGGUUUGGUGUGCAUGUGUUGUCUCUUU